UCUCUGUACUGUUUGAACAUUUGGACCCUUUUGCAUACUAUUGGUCGCAUACAGAGAAUAUAUUUACCAAGCGUUCAUUUCAAGCAUUCAUUUCUAGUUCAGUGCUGUCGUGGUUUGUUCACUAUGGUGUUAACCUGGAUUUAUACUUCACUGCUGUGCGUUCUGACGGUUGACUGGUCACAGGCUGCAUGUGACCAGAGCACGUUGACGAGUGAAGCGACGCAGAACUGUGUCAUGGGUUUCACCACCUAUAUCAGCAAGGCAAUGAGUUCCAUGUCGGAUCCCAGUCAGAUGGCCACCGUGUUAUGUUCGGCGGAGGGACAAAGCGCCAUUGCAUGCAUGUAUCCCCUGAUGGAGCAAUGUCCGGAGCUCAUGGCGAACAUGGGAGCUGGAGAGAUGGCGAUGCUCUCUCAGGCGGAUCUGAAGAGGGCCUGCACUCAGAUUCCAUCCGGCCCUUGCAUAAAAGCGAUGACGUGCGUAGCCAGCACUUCUCAGGGGUCCAGCAUGGGUAUGGACGAAAACUUCAUGGCCACAAACAAACUGACCUACCUCCUUCCGGUUAUUGGAAUGACCUGCGGUCCAAUGAAGGAGCAGUUCGACUGUGUAACACCGGAAGUGGAGGAACAGUGUACAGAAAUCACUGACCAGAUCAAGAAAAUUAUCCCCUUGAUGAACACUGGCAUGCCGGAUGGUAUCGGCUUCCCCGAGUACGACAUCCUCAAAACGUUUAUCAGAACCGGAUGCACGAACGUCCCAGAAGACAUUGCUACCAACAAAUGCGCACGAGACAGAUUGGAGUCUGCGCCAUUUAAGGAGUGUAUGACGAAAGCGAAUGCCGACUUCAAAACUCCAAUGGAGAUAAAGAGCUGCGGAGCCACGGAUGCCCGGCUAAUGUGCCUCAAAGAAUCCGUCGAGAAGCCAUGUGGCAAGAACUAUUACACCGUCCUGGCCACCAACGGAGACCACUUUCUCACGACGGACCUCUUCACGUGUGACCGUUCCAAGGGCGCCGCCCCGGUCAUCCGUCUGUCCGCCGCUGCUUCGCUAGUAGCUUUAGCUGCUGUCCUUCUUUUAAUAAAAGCAUAACAGAUUGAAGUGCAGUUCCCACUAGGAAUACAGAACAUGUACAGGCGCUCACCAAUCGUUUAGAAGAGCUAACAUCACUGAGCGAACUUCCGUCACAGCUUCAAAUUAUUCUUUUUAGCAAUAUCUUCUUGACUUCAAUUCGCAUUAAGUGGUUAUUUGUUUUCCGCGUUGACAAGAAAAUGUAAGGAUGUAUCUUGUUGUUAAAGUUAUGUCAUUCACGUUUCUUGAAGUGUUUGUCAAUAUCUAGUAUUAUAUUGAAGUACAUGUACCUUGUUUUAUAUGCAACCUUAGAGAAGUAGAUUGCUUAAGAUAUGAAUAUAGCGAAAAUUUAUGUUAGAAAUACAUGGAACAGAAAAAAAUGUUUAGAUUGGUUUUAUGGAAUACUUGAAAAAUACGUCGAAGAGCAAAAUCUUGAAAUGUAAAGUCUCGUCUCAAGACAAAAAUGUCUAGUAUUCAGUUGGGCUUAGAAAGUUUUGUAGACUAUUAUUCACUGAAAUGUCAUAUUGAGGAAAUAUGAACAGGGCAAUAUUUCAGAUCAAUGGUGAAUUUGGGAUGAGAGUCCCAGUGGGGACAUUGAUUGAGAGCGGGGAACAAGUGCUUGUAUUUGUAAAGAUGCCUGGAGAACUGUCGUCCAGACAAGCUGCAAUCAAUAUCAGCUAAUAGUUCUGCAAAAUUUACUGAUUAAACAGGGUUAAAGAUCUAGGCUCGAUAUAGUAUUGCAGCUUGACUCAAUCUUAUUAUGGACGGGGGGCUAAAUCAGGAUUAACGUUUUUGGAAAUAUUGAUAUUGACUUAUAUUAUGGACCUUUGUGUUUGCGUGAUUAAUUAUUUUUGCUUGUAAAGCGUACGCUGUUUUUUAAACUUGUUUUGAGCCUUUAGAUCCGUAAGCCUAGAUAUAUUCAAGAAAGACGAAAAGGCAGAAAAUCUAGGUGGCAAACAGUCCAUACAUACAAACUAAACGCACGUAACAUUGUUAUGUACGUUCUAGUCUAGUCAAUAAAUCAAGACACAUCAACACUCUUGUUAUCUCAGAUCAAUCUACAACAGCAAACUUUUGAGGUAAAUAAUAAAAUCAUGCAAAGUAGAAGCCUACAUUAAUAAGAUAUGUAUACGAACGUGAUAUAUUAUCAUUGUUACAUUCACGUAUAUUGCUGCAUUUUAGCUACAGUAGUUACUUAUUACCUUCCAAGGUGUGAGCGUGUCGCAUUUCAUAACUGUUGCUUUAAGGACACUUUUACAUAUGUGUAGUUUAUACAUUGUAUUUUUGAAUGAGCGUAUUUUAGAUGAGAUUAAUUUUGUUUAUGAUCGUAGGCAUUGGUUAUAAGAAUAGCUUUUUAGUAUUAGUUUCGUAUAAUUGCAUGACAUAUGCUUUUAAUUAAUAUGUGGUGUAUACGUGUUUACAACAAUGAGCCUUGAUUAUAAUAGUUCAAUGGAAACAAAACCUACUUCGACAUUCUAAUAUAAUUUGUUUAUUGCCUUUAGUGCAAUUCGACGUGCAUUUUAUGUGUAAUUUCGGAUGAUUCACAUGUAGUUACUUAAAAGUUACCAGGUAGAAUGUGCCUUCAACCAUCCGUUGAAUUUAGUUGUUUCAAAGUUUUCAUGGUCAGGGUACUUUUUUAGAUCCCUGUCGAUGCAAUGCUGUUUCUUUUUCACCGGUAUUCCUUCCAAUUGCCAGGCUACCUGUUUUAAGUGUUCAUAUAUGUCACAUACUUAUUUUUGUUGUCGUAAUAAAUAAUAAACCAUA